AUGCUCUUCACUCAUAUUCUUGCUUUAGGGAUACCGUGUAUUGUUGCCCUGGUUGUCGCUUCGGGUCUGACUCGCAGACGUGUCUACCCUUUACCUCUGCCGCCUGGCCCCCGUCCGCUACCAUUUUUGGGUAACGCGCUGCAAUUGGAUACUAAACGACCUUGGCUCACAUAUACUGCGUGGGGAAAGACAUAUGGAAAAAUCAUUCACUCCCGCAUACUUGGGAUCGACUUGAUCAUCAUAAACUCCGAAACCAUCGCGCGGGAGUUGCUGGACAAGCGUUCUGCGAAUUACUCUACUCGUCCCGUUAUUCGCACCAACAAAUUAUCUGGACUGGCUUUCAAUACUGUGCUCCUUCCGUACGGGGAGACUUUACGACAACAUCGCAAAAUAUUCCAUCAAGUCCUCAGGGCCGAAGUUUCGGUCUCAUACCACGAGAUGUACUCUCGCCACGCAAAUCAACUAGCCAUUAAUCUCUUAAAUGCCACUAGUGACUUACAGCAGCACACUCGAGCAUACACGGCAUCCCUAAUCAUGGCCGUGACAUACGGACACCUUGCUCAUGGACAUGAAGACUCACUUCUUACCCGUGUGCACGAACUCGUUGAUAUUGGCAGAUAUAUUAUCUCUCCCGAGAAGGCUGCUAUUUUCACAGCCUUUCCAUUCCUCGAAAAGUUGCCGUUUUGGUGUUUCGGUGGAGCAUUUGCACUGAUAGGACGUUGUAGAGAAUUAUGUCAGCAGCUUUUGAACGAGCCCUUUAGCGAAGUGAAGACACAGAUGGCAAAUGGUACUGCUUCACACUCAUUAGUCGCUGACUUUCUCAGUCAAGCUCACGACGACGCUGACGAAGACACGAUGAAGGCUGUUGCAUUGACGACAUUCCUGAUGGCUAUGGUGCUCUAUCCUGACGUCCAAGCCCGGGCUCGUGCAGAAAUUGAUCAAGUUAUGAGGCAUGAUAGAAUGCCGUGUCUUGAUGAUAGGGCGUCACUGCCCUACCUUGAUGCCAUUCUCCUCGAGGUCCUAAGAUGGUAUCCUAUCAUCCCCCUAGGAGUUCCACAUGCGACAACAAAUGAUGAUAUUUACGGCGGGUACUUUAUACCCAAAGGUGCGAUAGUGAUGGUUAACCAGUGGACACUGUCUCGGGAUGAAGACAUGUUUUCCGAUGCAUCACGCUUCGAUCCUAGUCGCCAUCUAACAGUUUACGGGAAGCUGAAGGACCCUUUCGUCAACCAUUUUGCCUUUGGUCAUGGCAGGCGUAUUUGUCCUGGUCGUUGGUUUGCAGAGAACAGUUUGUGGACUGCAGCUGCUACCAUACUCGCCGUCAUGCGCAUCGAUCAUGCCAAAGACUCAAACGGAAACACGAUCGAGGUGAAGCCGGAGUUCACUGCCGGCUUGGUGAUGUAA